AUGAACAUCCAAUAUGGAUGGUUACAAUCACAUUUUAAUGAAAGUUUAGAUUGGCUUAAUUUACUGGAUGAUGAGCAAAUUCCAUAUAUUGUUUAUACACGAUUACCUAAGCCAUUAGCACAUCAUCUGGCUUUUGUUCAUGGACAUCGAACAUCUUAUCAUCAAGAAAAUCCAUCAGAUAUUGUUAUUGCAUUACGAGCAUUACAAUGGCAUAAAUAUAAUUUCAUGCCAUUAUCUAGUAGAAACAGUCAUUAUACAUUUAAAGAAAAUUCAAGUGAUCUUCAAGAAAGAAUUAACUAUGAAUUAUGGAAAGAUGUUUUACAAAAAGAACUUGGUCCUUCACCAGAAAAUAGAAUAGUAACACAUUGUUGUGCAACAUUUGCUGUUAAAAGAGAAGCUAUUCUUGCUCAUCCAGCAAUAUUUUAUUCAAAUAUUCUUGAUUAUAUUAUAUAUAAGUACUAA